AAAACAAUCUGGUACCUGGGUUUUUGUUGCAUCACCAUUGAAUUAGGUCUUUUCUCAAACAACAAAAGCAGGGGUUGGUUCAUUUGAACACGGUUCCGUUUCUUUUCUCGCGGGUCCGCCACGCGCGUCAUGCUCUCACGUGCAGAGCCGAAGAUGGUACAGGUUUCGAACAUAUAACAAGCUUCGUUCAAACACUUAAACUGAUCCAGAGUGCCUGAAGCUCUUAUUUUUCUCCUUUUCAUCUUCAUCACCGUGCUUGGGUAGUGAUGCCUCCAGCGACAGGAGGGCCGGUGGGGUACACGCCUCCGGAAGGCGGCUGGGGAUGGGCGGUGGUGGUAGGAGCCUUCAUCAGCAUUGGGUUUUCCUAUGCCUUCCCUAAGUCGAUCACAGUCUUCUUCAAAGAGAUCGAGGUCAUCUUCGAUGCCACCAGCAGUCAGGUGUCAUGGAUAUCUUCAAUCAUGCUGGCUGUUAUGUAUGCAGGAGGACCAAUCAGCAGUAUUUUGGUGAAUAAGUAUGGUAGUCGGCCAAUCAUGAUUGCUGGUGGCUGUCUGUCUGGAACAGGAUUGGUUGCUGCAUCCUUCUGCGACUCAGUAGAGGGUCUUUACUUCUGUGUCGGAGUUAUAGGCGGUCUGGGUUUGGCUUUCAAUCUGAACCCGGCAUUGACCAUGAUUGGAAAAUACUUCUACAAGCGGCGACCAAUAGCCAAUGGCAUCGCGAUGGCGGGCAGCCCUGUGUUCUUGUCCACAUUGGCCCCACUGAACAGCUGGUUGUUUGAUCAGUUUGGCUGGAGGGGCAGUUUUCUCAUCCUGGGCGGAGCUUUGCUGAACUGCUGUGUAGCGGGAUCCUUAAUGCGCCCCAUUGGACCCAAACCACAACCUGUCAGUUCUACAAACGAAAGGGGAGAGAAAAAAACUAUCAUGCAAACCAUAAAUAGCUUCCUGGAUCUGACCUUGUUCACUCACAGGGGCUUCCUGCUGUACCUGCUCGGAAACAGCAUCAUGUUCUUCGGCCUCUUCGCUCCACUCGUCUUCCUAAGCAACUAUGCAAAGAGUAAAGAUAUUGCUAAGGACAAAGCAGCAUUCCUGUUGUCCAUCUUAGCCUUCACUGACAUGAUCGCUCGGCCAUCCAUGGGCCUGGUGGCCAACACUCGCUGGGUCCGUCCACGUAUACAGUACUUCUUUGCCGCGUCUGUGUUAUAUAACGCCAUCUGCCACCUGAUGGUGCCGUUCACCACCGAUUACAUGGGCUUUGCCAUUUAUGCCGUGUUUUUUGGCGUGGCAUUCGGCUGGCUCAGUUCUGUGUUGUUCGAGACCCUGAUGGAUCUUGUGGGUGCGCAGAGAUUCUCCAGCGCGGUUGGCCUGGUCACUAUUGUAGAAUGCGGGCCUGUGUUGCUGGGACCUCCUUUGCUGGGAAGACUAAAUGAUAUCCACCAUGAUUAUAAAUACACAUAUUACGCCUGUGGAAUCGUCCUGGCGAUAGCCAGUGUGUUCCUGUUUGUGGGAAUGGGAAUCAACUACAGGCUAGUGGCGAAAGAGAAGAAGGAGGAGGAGGAACGAAGAGCCAAGCUAGAAGACAGAGAGGAAGAGACAAAUCUAGACAAUGACUUGAACGAGAAGGCGAAGGAGGCCGACAGAGAUGCGUCUGAAGCGUGAGCCUUCAUUCCCGGAAAGGAUACAGACGCUGUAACGCAUCACAAUCCACGUCUUCCUGUUGCGACUGUCCAAAACAACAAACACAAAAUUUAGUUUCCCUUUGUCCUGUCUCCUAACAAUUCAGCCAAUGUUAAAAUUAGCACAAAGGACUUUUGGGUGCCAAGGAUUUUCUGCUGUCAUAGACACUCGUCCUAUACAAACCCACACCUUAGAUGUGAUUUUUAUUGUGAUGCCUACAUGCAUAAAGGAGUUUCUCUACACGCCUUUUUCUGGUAUGUCAUAGAUAUAAUGAGCGCAUUCCUAGGUUUUAGUUUUUAUAUAAUCAGACUUAUACACUUCACCAGCCUUUAGGCAAUGCACAGACCCUGUGUCUCAGCACUGCCAUGUGAACUGAGCCUAGAUUUGGGAGAAGAACCCUUUUAAUGUGUUUUUUUUUUAAGGAUAUAGGGUUAAUGAGUUAUUGGACUCUAAAGGUCAAGUAAGAUUGUUUAAAAAUUUAGUUUAGUGUUACUAUGUUUAUUCUGCUGUUCUGAUUGGCUAGUAGAGAAUACUGCCAGGCUUUUUUGGUCUGGAUUUCACAUAUUUUAAUCAUAGAGAUUUUUGUGUAUUCUGUUAAAUAUAAUCUGUUCAGGUUGCUUUUCACUCUAAAGCUCAGCCGAGCGCCGUGUGCUUUCUCACUGAUGAUGAUGAUGAUGAUGAUGUCACAGCAGUCUCAGCACAUCGCUUAGCAUCUCAUCACUCAACUGUGUUCCUCUGUUACCAUGGAGAUUUCACAGCACUGUGAAACUCCUGCACUGCUCUGAGCAAGUCUCACAUUUUGCUCUGAGCAAUUCUCAAUUCAUUUACGUAGUCAAAAUGAUGUUUUCUGAAAGAAUAAAUGACACUAGGGAACAUUCAAAUAGUGGCUUUCCAUCUGCACCUUUGACCAUAUUGUGACCACAUGUGUUAAAGCUAAACGUGGUUGUCAAAAGCUCUGUGCCUUGAAAUGGGUGCCUUUUGAUCUACAAAAAGUGUAUACAUGUAUUUAAGCGUAUAACAGGGCUCCAGACUAACUUUUUUCACUAGGAGCACAGUGGCCCCCAACUGAAAAUUUUAGGGGCGCAACCAGAAAAUUUAGGGGCACAUACUGUAAAUCAACAUGCUAACCAAUUAUUCAGAUUUCUAUUAAGUAAUACACUGUAUCACUAAUAAAUACUUUGAUGAUAGAUGCAGAAAGUACAAUGUGCUGUUUUAAAUAUAGUGUCACAUCACAAAAAAAGGUCAAAUUUACUGGUCGCACAUGUGCGACUGGAUGUAAAAUUCAGUGGGACACUCUAAAAUUUUGGUGGCCAAAUUCGACCAUUUGGUGGCAGUCUGGAGCCCUGUCCUAACCAUACUAACUUCAAAAUCCUCUGUUUAACAAGUUUGUUUUAAAUUUCAAGAUGUGGAACUAUUAUUAAUGUGAUAUUAUUUUGCUUUAUCCAUCAUGUUUGGGAGGAGGAUCAAGUGUGUUACAGACAAAUUCCAGUAUGAAGCCUUCAAGAUCUGCUAUAUAGAUAUUCUCCUAUGUUAAGUAUAUGAGUUUAAUCUAUAUAGCAGAUCUUGAAUAUCAACAGUUGCUUAUUUGCACAAUGAAAGUGCUUUUGUAUAAACGGGUAAGCGCACUAACAGAAAGAAUAUUCCUGAUGUUUUCCGAAUUGAUAUUAUAGCUUCAGGGCACAUUUACUGAGCUUAUGGAAAACGCACAACCAUCCUGCAACUAGAUCAAGUUACAAAGGUUUUGCAGAUUAUUGAAAUAACUUGCUUGACAGUGUUGGCUCAAGAGGGCUGCAGUUUGUUACCUUGAGGCAACUUUAAAUGAAGUGACAUGGACUUGCUCUACAAUACAUUAACAAAAGGAAGGAAACAACACCCCCUGUUGGUUUCCAAAAACAUUGCGACUCAGCCGUAAUUGUGACUAAAGUAAUUUUUAGUUAACAAUAUUGUGUAGUUAUUUUUUUAGCAGAUCUACAGCAGGUGCCGAUUUUUAUUGCGCACUUUAAGUACAUUUUAAAUUGGGGUAAAAUUAAUCCAUACUCUUUUUUUUUUCCUUUCAGUAGAAAGUAAUUGGACUCUUUCCUGUAGGAAUUUGAGUUUGUAUACUGACAUAUUCUGGUGUGGCAGAGUUAGUAAUGGCAUCUUAGCAUGGUGAAAUAAUAGCAGCCAUGAAACAAAAAAGUGCAUUGCUAACUGGGCUCAACUUUAUAUCUCGUUAACCGGUCAUAUGAGUUUAAAUUUUUUAGCAGGUAAUCAUUUGGAGAAAAAUACUGCUGUGCUGAGAAAAUGGGCAACCCUGAAAAUUUUUUUGUCUUGUCAGUAAAUGUAAUACAAAAAUACUAACCAGGAUCCAUUAAAAAUGUUGUUUGUUCAAGACUUGACUGAGACAAAGAAAGAAAGGGUAGAAAAUGUUUGAGAUUGACUGACAGUGUGUUUGUGCACAAAAUUCCAUCAAUAAUGAAAUCACGUGUGAGAUUUUGUAUGUUUUGUCUGGAUGAGCAAAUCAAUAAACUUUUUUAAAAAUGUAAAUUCAA